AUGGAUAAUUUGACCAACGCACUGGGCAGCGUGCCACAAGUGGUGCAGUGGGCUCUUGCCGGAGUAGGGGCUCUCUACCUCUCGGGCAAGGUCUUGAGUUACCUGCACCUGGUGUUGAACCUUUUCAUUCUGGGUGGCACCAAUCUCAGCAAAUAUGGUAAAAAGGGUAGCUGGGCCGUUGUCACUGGCGCCUCGGACGGCCUCGGCAAAGAGUUUGCCUCGCAACUCGCAGCCAAAGGCUUCAACAUAGUCCUCGUCUCCCGCACCGAAUCAAAGCUCAAGGAACUUGCAAAGGAGCUCGAGGCCAAGAAUGGCAGCCUGAAGACCAAGGUCCUGGCAAUGGACUACGAGCAGGAUAACGACGAAGACUACGAGAAACUUGGCCAACUUCUCACAGGCCUGGAUGUCGCCAUCCUGAUCAACAAUGUCGGCCGCAGCCACUCGAUCCCUGUGCCAUUCCUUCAGACCCCGCGCGAGGAGCUACAGAACAUUGUCACGAUCAACUGCCUCGGCACGCUCAAGACGACCCAGAUUGUGGCUCCCAUUAUGGCCCAGCGCAAGCGGGGUCUCAUUCUCACCAUGGGCUCCUUCGGCGGCUGGAUGCCUACGCCCCUCCUGGCUACCUACAGCGGUAGCAAGGCAUUCCUGCAGCACUGGAGCACCUCGCUCGCCGAGGAGCUUCGCAGCAGCGGCGUUGAUGUCCACCUGGUUCUCAGCUACCUCAUUGUAUCCGCCAUGAGCAAGGUGCGCCGCCCUAGCGCCAUGGUCCCGACGCCGCGGGCUUUCGUGCGCGCGGCCCUGAGCAAGAUUGGAUGCGCGACGCAGAACAUGGCCCACACCUACACACCGUGGUGGAGCCAUGCCAUCAUGCAGUGGUGGGUUGAGAACACGGUCGGCAUCGGUAGCAAGAUCGGACUGCAGGUCAACCUGAAGAUGCACCAGGAUAUUCGCACUCGUGCACUGAAGAAGGCGGAGAGGGAGGCAAAGAAAGCUUAA